AUGGAGAACGAGCAUAUGCAGGCGCAACUAAAACCGACAAGUAAAUCGCGCAUCCCCAUGGCCGGCAUGACAUCGGGGAUGACCAAUUCUCGCUCUGGUCUGCCCCAACCUGGCACAAUUGCGAGUAAAGCGUCGAGUCUAUCGCACACCACCCGCGCUAGAAGCGCUACACAGGCCCCCGAGCCCAGCCGAUCUGGAACAGGAAGCCUUCCUCCGUCACGUCCAGGCACGAGUAUGGGACGAGUUCAUACGAGAACUAAUUCCUAUGCAUCAUCAACUCUGACCCGGUCGGCCUCGACUGCUUCACGGACUACCAGAACGAAUUUCUCCUCCACCGUUGGACCCGGAUCACGACCUCCUUCGCAUGCACCACGACCGCACACAUCGCUUGCUGGUCCCCGAAAGCCGAACGGUCACUCCAUCACUCGGCCCGCAACGUCCUUGGAUACCCAUGAAGAAGAGGAUUUCGCUGCAAGCAUUUUGGGAAAGAGAAAGGGUAGGCGGCAGUCCCUAUUUUCCCUAUUUGAUAUUUAUUCCCAGCCUGCACCUAUUACGCCGCAUAGUAAAGACAGGACGAUGUCGUGCGAUUGGUCCGACUCGCAACAGAAGCUUCUUGGUAUUCAAGAGGCCCCUUUGCGAAUUGACCAACUCGAGUCAUCUCCAUGUCCUACUUUGGAUCAGUCGGCCAAGGACCCCGUCUCCCAUGACAUGCUGGACCUAAAAUCCCUGCACCCCGCGCAGGACGGACCCAUUAAACCCACUCCCUCAAAGAUUCCCGUAUCUUCCCCCGUGAGACAGACGUUAGAGAAGCCUGCAUCUCCCCCCAAACAUCGCCCCAGGAAAAAGAAAGCACCUAUCAUACCAUUUCUGCACAGAGAUUCUUCGAUCAAGACGUUUAACUAUUCUACAGGCGCCGAGUGGGAUCAGGCUACGCGCGAAAAGACCAUGGAGGAGUUUUUCAAUGCCUUCGUCUCACGAGUCAGCCAGGCCGGACAAGAGAGUUUCGGUCUGAAAGAGACCGUUGAAUUGUACAAAAGCAGAGUGAGCGAGUUGGAGGCGACCCGAAAGGAACUGACCGACACAAACCUCUCAUUACGGGUGGAACUCGAGACCACGAAGGGACGACUAGAUGCCGCCGAGGGAGCCCUGAAGGACGCUAGAAGGGACCAUGAGAUUGCCAUGGACGAUGUAGAACGCCAGCAACGCGCCGAAAUCGAGACUGUCAGACAAGAGAGCAGGCAACAGCUGCAGGCACUAGACAACCAGCACCAAGACGAACUCCGCGAACUGAGGCGCCAAUUCGAGCAGCAAAUAAACGACGAAAAAGCUGUUCGACUCCAAGAGAUCAACCAAAUCACCUCGCAGACUGCGAUCGACUCGCAACGUUCCCUCCUUGAGCUAGAACGAAAGGACAGGGAAAUUGCCAAGCUCCAGCAAGCUUUACAGGGCGUUCGAGAAGACCUGGAGCGUGAGCGGAAAGCAAAUCACGAUUUGCGGCAGAACCUAGACACAGCAAGCUGCAACAGCGUUACACUCGAGUCCUCGGUCCGCGCAUUGAAGGCAAGAAUAGAAUUCCUGGAAUCUGGACGGGAAGAGCAGUCUCAGGCCUUUGAGCGUCUCAACCAGCAAAUGAAUGAUGCCCUGGCUGAAACUGAGGCGACAAAGGAGAAGCUGAGGAAGGAGGAAACUUUGAGAAGGAAGCUGCACAAUCAGGUGCAGGAGCUCAAAGGCAACAUUCGGGUGUUUUGCCGAGUGCGCCCGUCUCUAGAGUCGGAAGUUGCGGAAACCGCUCAAAUCGAGUAUCCGGACCAGUCAGAAGAGUGCAAAGAGAUUUGUCUUCUGGGCCCAGAGGAGAGAAGCGCUCUCGGCACCGUCACCCGAAAGAACAACAAUUUCUCCUUUGAUCGUGUCUUCGGGCCCUCGACUCAGAAUGCUGAAGUGUUCGAGGAAAUCAGCCAACUCGUACAGAGUGCCCUCGAUGGGUACAAUGUCUGCAUCUUCUGCUAUGGUCAGACGGGCAGUGGUAAGACAUAUACCAUGUCUUCCCUUGAUGGCAUGAUCCCCAGGGCAGUACAUCAGAUCUACCAGACCGCUCAGAGCCUGGAAGAAAAGGGCUGGAGGUACACCAUGGAAGGCAACUUCGUGGAGGUGUACAAUGAAAAUUUGAACGACCUUCUGGGCAAGGCGGAAGAGCUGGACAAGAAGAAGCACGAGAUCCGCCACGAUAUGCAGAGAUGUAAGACGAUGAUCACCGACAUCACCACUGUUCGGCUGGAGUCGCCCGAGAUGGUAGAAUCUAUCUUGAAACGAGCUGCCGCCAAUCGGUCCGUGGCGGCCACCAAGGCCAACGAAAGAUCUUCUCGGUCACACUCGGUCUUCAUUCUCAAACUCCUUGGUGAAAACCGCAUUACCGGCGAACGAAGCGAGGGAACCCUGAACUUAGUGGAUCUGGCCGGUAGCGAACGGCUCAGUCACAGCCAGGCAACCGGGGAGAGACUGAAGGAGACACAGAACAUCAAUCGCAGUCUGAGCUGCCUCGGAGAUGUCAUUGCAGCUCUCGGACAAGGAAAGGAAGGUGGCCACAUUCCCUACCGCAACAGCAAGCUCACUUACUUGCUUCAAUUUUCACUGGGUGGAAACUCCAAGACUCUCAUGUUUGUGAUGUGCAGCCCAUUGCAGGCUCACCUCGCAGAGACGUUGACUAGUCUCAAAUUCGCUACGAAGGUGCACAACACGCAUAUUGGCACGGCAAAACGACAGACUCGUGUUCGUGAUAUUUAA